GGCUCUUGGUGUGACGGGCCUCCUAUUCUGGGUCUUUUUUAUACAUAACGUGGGCCCUCCCAGAGACUCGGGUUUGUUACUCGUGCUGCUUGUGUGUGUUUGUCUGCACCGUCAAGAUGGAGUUAUUCGAACGAGAUGGCCAGAUUGACCGGACAGUGCAGAACUGGAAUAAAGCGUGUCAGGCACUGUGUAUUGUGAUGAUGACCAUCUUUUUUGGGCUGCGGUGCUUUACGAGGGUGUUCAUCACGCAGGGUUUUGGCAGGGAGGAUUGGACGUGUUGCGGUGCUUGGUUUCUUGGAGUGUGCUACUCUGUGAUUGCGCUGAUCAUGGGACACUAUGGCGGAGGACUACACUUUGUUGACGUCCCCAAAUCAUCCCAGAUUCCUUUUUCCAAGACCGUCUACGUAACAAUGGUCAUGUACGGCCCAACCGCCUACCUAACCAAAGUCUCCCUCCUCUGGAUCAUGGCCCGCGUCUUCCAGCCCUACCGCAAAGCCGUCAUCUUCAUCUACAUCUUCAUGGCCGUCAUGCUGGCCUACUACAUCCCCGCGGUGAUUGUCAAAAUCCGCAUCUGCGACCCCAUCUCCAAGUUCUGGGUUCCCGAGUCCGACGGCUCCUGCAUGAACCAGUCCGCCAUCAUUCUCGCCGACGCGGUGAUUAGCGUUGUCAGCGAUACGAUCAUCUUGGUGCUGCCGCUGCCGUUGACGCUGGGGUUGCAGAUGCCCAUGAGACGGAAGAUGAGGGUCAUGGCGAUUCUGGGGGCGGGCGGUCUCGCCGUUGCGAGUAGUAUUAUCCGGUUGGUGCUGAUUGUGGUGAAUGCCGACUCGAAGGAUUCGACGAUGGAUUUUAUGCGGGUGAACAUGUUUGGAAACGCCGAAAUCGCCAUCGGGGUAAUCUGCGCGUGCCUCCCCGCCCUCUCUGCGCUCUUCAUCCGCGCCUACCACGAAUACUCCUCGAACAAAGCAACGCACAGCUCGCAGCACGAACUCAGCAAGAUGCGCAACAACACCUCCCGCACCGACAAAAGCCGGCACCAGAUGAGCUAUAUCGAGAACGGCUCGGACCAGGAGAUCCUAGUACAGAAUGCGCAGGGGGAGCCGAAGAUCGAGACAACCAUUAACGGGCAGGAGAGGAAUGAGCAUAGUUCGAAUGGGGGCGGGUUUGAUGGGAUGGGGAUUAUGAAGACGGUAGAUGUUUCGCAUUCUGUUACGACGAGAUAGCACCUAGCUAUGCUGGGGAGUACCUUAGGGAGGAGGGUAGCUAAUUCCAUUUGUUAAUGUGUAUGCCUAAUACGUUCUAUUCCGGAAUUCCAGAGGAUCAAUAAACUACCUUCUUACCCGCAG